UUUGCUGAAAUACAAGUCUAACUAUCCACUGUUUAGCUUACUUGUCCACCUCGAGAUUUAGCAAUUUACUAAACACGAGUGUGUAAAAUGAAAAUAGCAUAAUGCAACGGACAUGCUGUCACUGAAUUAAAACACACGCAUCACAAAGAAACGUUGCUCCACAGCACAGGGCUCUCCAGUAAACAUGUCAGGAAUUAAAAGGAAAAUAGAAGGCAGUGAUCCCGACUAUGAGGACAUUUCGCUGGUCCAAAAUAGUAAGAGAAACAAAGCGGCUGAACAUAAUGCCCGAGAUGCAGCCGUGCAGAAGAUCGAAACCAUCAUUAGAGAGCAGUUUUCUUUGGAGAUGAAGAACAAAGAGCAUGAGAUAGAUGUGAUAAGUCAGCGACUCAAUGAAGCCCGCAGGAUGAUGGACAAGUUAAGGGCAUGCAUAGUGGCCAAUUACUAUGCCAACGCUGGGUUGUCAAAGCUCCCAGAGGCCUCCAAGAGUGACCCUGCAGUGCUGAACCAUCCAGCUAUCCGGCGAUUUUUGGAGUCCCCAUCCCGCUCCUCUUCCCCUCUCAACCAGGGCUCUGAUACUCCAUCUCUGGCCCACUCGGAAUCCGAGUCCCUCUCACAGCAUGGGGAAGGAGCUGAGAGGGAUGGAGAGGGCGCAUGGAGGGAGGACAGCAGCGGGCAGGAACGCAGACCUGGACGCAACACGGGGAAGGAUACAUUUGGUGUGCCAUCGAUCUUGGGAGCAGAGCAGAGAGUGACCUACCACACCACAGGAGAAGAGGCAUCCAGACUCUAUGCAAAGAAGACAAUUGUAGUUGGGAAUGUGUCCAAGUACAUUCCCCCAGAUAAGCGGGAAGAAAAUGACCAGUCAACUCAUAAAUGGAUGGUGUACGUCAGAGGCUCCAGGAGGGAACCCAGCAUCAACCACUUUGUGAAGAAAAUCUGGUUCUUCUUGCAUCCCAGCUACAAACCCAAUGACCUAGUGGAAGUCAGUGAACCUCCCUUUCAUUUAACACGUCGUGGUUGGGGUGAAUUUCCUGUGAGGAUCCAGAUCCACUUCAAAGAUCCUCGCAACAAACGUAUUGACAUCAUCCACCAGCUAAAGCUGGACAGAACAUACACUGGGCUUCAGACACUGGGGGCAGAAACUGUGGUGGAUGUGGAGCUCCAUAGGAACUCGCUAGGGGAUGAUUACAUCCCUCAGCCGUCUUCCUCCAAGGUGACUCACAGAGCAGCCAGCCCCAUGUCGGCCUCCCUUGCCCAGACUUAUGGACGCUCCAGUUCUCCCAUCUCACAUGAUUCCGGUUUAGAGAAAGGUUACAUCAAAGCAGAGAUGGGGAGAUCUGCAGGGGGUCAUAGCUCAGGCCUCACCGCUGGUGAACGCACCCCAACCAGACCUAAAGCUAGUGACAGGAUCACUCUGGGUUCCCAUGGCAACUCCGCCUUCCAGCCUAUCACAGCGAGCUGUAAGAUCAUUCCCCAAGGACAGCCACCAAGCCCCGCUGAGUCUCCUGGGAAAUCGUUCCAACCAAUCACCAUGAGCUGUAAAAUAGUUUCAGGAUCACCCAUCUCCACCCCGAGCCACUCACCGCUGCCUCGCACACCCACCACCUCCACCCCUGUCCACAGCAAGCAGAGCUCUUCCUCAGUGCUCAACAACCCUUAUAUCAUUGUUGACAAGCCAGGCCAGGUGAUUGGCAUGGCUUCCUCAUCUGCCGCCUCCACAGGAAGCCCCUCAGCCAAACAGUCUGCUGCUCAAGGCACUCGCUCUCCAGCCCCCAAAGUUCACACCGGCACCUUCCUCUCAUCAGGGGUGAAGGUUAUUAUCAAGCAGGAGCCGGGGGAAGUUUCGACACAGCAGCAGCAGAUGGUUUCCACAGUAACCACCCAGCAGCAACCUGCCGCUACAGCAGCGCACCAGUUUGUCGCAGUGAAGGGAGGUCACAUGAUCUCCAUGUCGGCCCAGAAACAGGCAGGAGGGGCCACAGGGGCCACAACUAGCAAGAUGUUGGGCAUCCCUGUCAGCUCAACACUUCAGUCUGCAGUCAAACAGGUGGCUAUCAGCAGUGGACAGAUUCUGGUCGCCAAGGGCAACCCCUCCGUCUCCAAGGUGAUGGGUGGCAAGCAGGUUUUGGCUCAGGGAGUUGCAAAAGCUAUCGUCAGCGGAGCCAGUAGCAUCUCUGGUCAGCAGGCUGCUGCCAAGGCAGCUGGUGGUUCAAGUGGCAAGAGUGGAGUGAUGGCUACUCUUCAGCUGCCUGCAAACAAUCUGGCUAAUCUGGCCAACUUGCCUCCGGGCACCAAGCUCUACCUGACCACCAACAGUAAGAACCCCUCAGGGAAGGGCAAGCUGCUUCUCAUCCCACAGGGAGCUAUCCUCAGAGCCUCCAGUGCUGGUCAGCAGUCUCAGAGCAGCUCGUCGGCUGGCGCUGGGGGAUCUCAGACCUCCUCCUCUUCCUCUUCAAGCAGUCUGCCUUCCAACCUCUCCUACACAUCCUAUAUUCUUAAACAGACCCCGCAGGGCACCUUUCUGGUUGGCCAGCCAGCGCAGGGCUCAGGGAAGCAGGGGGGUUCUAGUUCAACAGGUCAUGCAGCAUCAUCUCCAGCAACUGUUACCCAGCAGGCCAUCCGGGUGACAGCUGGACAGAAGGCGGCUAUCCUGGCUCAGGUGGUGGGAGGCUCCCAGGGUGCACAGGUGAAGUUGUCUGAUGGCUCUGUUAAGACGGUAACAGCGGCGGCAGCAGGACACUUGUCCAAGCCGGGGACGACCACAUUGAGGAUGACAGGAGGAGUCAUCACCGCCGCUAGUUCCACCCCCAGCUCUGCCAGUGCUGCGACAGCAGCCAGCCAGCAGCAGGCUGCUGAUGGCGGGAAGUCUGCCUCUCAGCACCACUCUCUCCUGGUGGCAGCCAACCAAGCAGCAGUAAUCAGUGCAGCAAAGAGCGCCAGCGCUGCUGCCGGCGGCAGCCUGUCUAAGACUGCUAUGGCCACCUUGGUCAAGGGUGCUGGUAACUCGGCCACUAUGACAAAAAGUGCUGCUGGUUCAGCUGGUGCUGUAGUAACAGUUGCCAAAGGCAUCACCAACAUGCCCGUCCUCAGCAUGUCCAAGGGUGCAGGGGUGGGGACUGUGGUGGGUGUGCCCAAAAGCAGUGGUACAUCAUUGGUCAAUGCAGCGUCACUGGUCAGCGGGAUGGCAGCAGGAGGAGGGAAGACAGGUGCAACUCUCUCAGGUAUGCUGAAGAUCCACUCUGGAGGUUCCAGCUCUCAGCAGACGGUCUUGACCAUCCCUGCCAACCAGCUCAAGCAGUUGGGGGUUGGCACUGGUUCUGGAGGGCUGCAGACCAUACUCAUGCCUGUUGGGAAAGUGGUGUCUAAAGGCCCAGUCUCCAGUACUCCUUCCUCCUCCUCCUCCUCCUCCACCGCUCCUGGAGCAGCUGGAGCUGGAGCCUCUCCAAGUCCUGCCAGCCAGGCCUCCCCCUCCCUUGCCCUGCCUCUGGCACAAGUGAAGACAGAGCCAGGUGCUGGCACAGCUGUCACAGCUGGUCCAUCACCCCCGGUGACUGCUCCUGUCCCCACGUCUGUCCACGUUUCUACUGCGGCUACCAUAGUCAAGCAGGAGCAAGGGGCGGAUAAUUCUGCACACGACCUCAUCAACACUGAGCACAUAGAGACCAUGAUGCAGCUGCUGACAGCUGUUGUGAAGAAGUACCCUCUGAUUGUGCCAGAUAAGACUGAAGACUCCCAUCCAUUCUGCGCCUCUUCGACAGAACAGUAUUAUUCCUGGAAUAUCGGAAAGCGCAGGGCAUCAGAGCUUCAGCGAGCGGUGGCGGUAAAGCGGGUCGUCCAGGACGUGUUGGACCACUCGCCUCGCCUGCAGGCCCUUACUCCCCCAAAAACCAGAGAGGUGGUGCAGUGGUGCCGACAGAGGGGCUACACGCCACCUGACCCCGAACCCCAACGCAAGAAUGACGACGAGUCCAUCGAGGACAUCCUCACACAGAUCGACAACGAGCCCGAGUGCCCGUCGACUCUGAGUAGCUGCGAUGAGCUGAUGCUGCGGCUGGAGCAGAUGCAAGCUCUGCUGAAGACCGAACCAGAGGAGGCAGACGACGAAAUAGUGGACAUCGUCACUGUGACUCCACCUUGUCAGAAACUAAAGGUCAAAGAGGAGGAGCAGGAAGCAGACGUGGAGCCCAAGUUCUUCCUGGGUCCCUGUGUGUCCGCCCAGUUUGUCAGUGAAACAGCUCAGCAGAUCGGGGUAACCUUCCAGCCGGUCGAGGUGGAGAAGAAUCUGUUCGCUCCAGUGGUCGAAGCCAUGAUUCUGAAGGCUACAGAGCAGUUUGCCAGUGACAUCCUGAGAGAAGCUCUGGCUGGGGCCUACGCCAAAUCCCCUCAGAACAGGGCUCCGAGAGAGAUCACAGCCAUGAACAUCCACCAGGCGGUGUGUAGCGUCCCCACCUGUGACUUCCUCACCAACACACACAUGGGUUACCUAGCGAAGGACAACUGAGGCAGAACAAGACUGACUUUGACUGGUAACUGACACAUACAGGACUGAGUGCUGAGGACUGUCUGAACUCCUGGCUGUGACAACAGAUGAUGAGAGAGACUCAACUGGAACUGACAUCUCAUCUGUGUGAACACAACACUCACACCAGGAUUUCAUCCUGUUGCCUCAGGUUGUUCAGUUAUUACUAAUGUACUGUAUUCAUUAACUUGAUCAUAGAAGGGCUCAGCUUGCUUCUAAUAGCAGCCGCACAGCAGCGGAAUAACAAAUGUUUCUGAUACUCUGGGUAUAUUGUAACAUUUUAGUCCUACUGUGUGGAGAGAAGCGGCACCGUGGGACUCAUUUGAUUUUGAGAGGCAGUUGUGCUCUCGCUUACCUCAUAACAAGAUUAUUUUAAUGAUGAAGUGUUUCCUGUCAGACAGCCAGCUAGUCAUCGGGGGAAAUGAAGCCUGAGUGACUUACAGGGCUAAAUAAUAACAAAAGACAGCUGUCCCACUGCACCAGUCUUCAUCCUGCUGUCUCGUCCCCUGAACUGGGAACAAGAUUCAGUUCACCAGCAGAGGUGAAUCCACUGAUUUACAGGAAUUUGGAAACACUAAUGAACAUAGUAUGUGUUAUUAGAAUCCCCCAGCAUUCACAUUGAUAGUAAUGUCUAGAGGGUAGUUUUGGCAACGCAAACACAAAUUCCUCCAAAAGUGUCAUUGCCAUGGCAACCAAUAUUCCGUCAUUAUGAACAUCCUUUGAUGUAUUUCAGUUAACCUGGCAGACAAAAACAGCUGGACAAACAUGCAAGUAGCCGCCGUUAUCUAAGGCUCUCUAUGCUCUAAGGCAUAAAAGGUAACUGAUGCGUGUUUCUUAUUUUUAAGUCGCAAACCUGAUUCACGAGUCUUUCAGAUCACAGAUCAUCAAAUCUAUUGAGGGAACCUAGUAUUGAGUAAACUGAAAUCAUAAUUUUUCAUCAAGAAUUCAAGACACCGGUCUCAAUAUUUAUAUUCUCUCCUUCAUGAACCAGGCUAACCAGUCAAAGUGCUUUUAAGUGAUCUGUUUAACAACCAUAAUGUGUCUGUCAUGUAAUGUACACAGUGUAUAUGACCAAUAUGAAAGAUGGUGUUUUCAAAUCCUGUUUUAUUUUUUUAUCCAAUAUCAAUACCUGCGAACAGUAAUGCCCUAACAGUAGUGUGUGUGUGUGUGUGUGUGUGUGUGUGUGUGAGAGAGAGAGUGUGAGUGUGUGUGUGUGUGUGUUUGAACUAAUUUGUGUGCAUACUGGCUGUAGUCAUCGCACAAGUUAAUGAAUUCGGUCAUAUGCGAAUGCUUGUGUGUGUCCUGUCGGCUGAUAUUGUGUCUGUAAUUCCGUUUAAUGUGGAGUUUUGCAUUAUGUUAAUGUGUGGAAUACUGGAUGAGUGGAUGUGUUUGGGCUGAGUGGUUGUGACGCCAGUUCAACCAAAUUAGUGUAGAAGAUACCCAAACAUUGUAUUUUCAUGUUUCAGUGCAAACCAAAAAUAUAAUCAAUAUUCUUGUAAUAAACAAAGAAAAAGUCUG